AUGGAAAAGAUAUAUAGCAAGAAUAAGUUGGACUAUUUAUCAAUUAUUUUUAAUUUUUAUAGCUGGUAUAAAAGGCACUUCAAGGGUACCUUGUUAAUAAAUGAAAAUAGUAAUAUAAAGAACACAACCUUGAUAGAACUUUUAGGUAAUAAGAAAUUAUUAUUGAAUGAAAUUAAUGCUUGUGAGGCUAUAUUAAAAUUAAAUGAGCAUCAUGAAAAUUAUGAUUCAUCGAGUGGUACAUGUAACGUGAAUAAUAUAAACCAACCAAACAACAACAAUAAUAAUAAGGAAAAUAUUAACGACAAUAAUAAUAAUAAUAAGGAAAAUAUUAACGACAAUAAUAAUAAUAAUAAGGAAAAUAAUAUAAAUCCAUGUAGUACCAAUAGUUUUAACAUCAAUAGUUUUAGUACCAAUAAUUAUAAUAACUUUAAUAACCCGUGCUGCAGUUUUAGUUGUAAUAUUUAUGAUUAUUAUGAUAUUUUGAAAAUAGAAGAAUUAAAAGAUUUUUUAAAAGAUUUUAUUUUAAGAAAUAAAAAAAUAAAUAAAGAAUUCUUUGAUACUAUCGAAGAAGAUAUGACUAUGUGGAAAAAGAUCUUUUUCUUUGGACAAAAAAAAAGAACUCCAGAAUUUUUGGACUUUUUAUUAUUUUAUAUUUUAAAAAAGGAAAAUAUUCAUUUCUUUGAAGAAGAAACACGUUAUAUAAAUUUACAUAAUUGGUUUCUUAAGAAUAAAAUAUAUGAUAUAUCAAAUGAUAAGAAGGAAGAUAAUACACCUAGUGCAUGCAAUACUAAUUUUAUUCAACAAAUUAUUGAAGAAGAUUUAAAAAAUAAAAAACAUACACAUGUUAUUACUAGAUUCCCACCUGAACCUAAUGGUUAUUUACAUUUAGGACAUGCAAAAAGUAUAUGUUUAAAUUUUGGUUUAUCAAAUAAAUAUGGUGGUAGAACCCAUUUACGUUUUGAUGACACGAACCCAGUUACCGAAGAAAUUAGAUAUAUAGAAUCCAUAAAAGAAGAUGUCAAAUGGCUAGGAUAUGAUUGGAAAGAACAUUUAUAUUUUGCUUCUAAUUAUUUUGAACAAUUAUAUGAAUGGGCCAAAAUACUAAUAAAACAAGGAGAUGCGUAUGUAGAUGAUCAAAGUAUUGAAGAAAUACGAAAAAAUAGAGGCAAUCUAAAAGACCCAGGGGUUGAUUCACCAUAUAGAAAUAGAACCGUAGAAGAAAAUUUACAAUUAUUUGAAAAUAUGAAAAAUGGUUUAUAUAAAGAAGGGGAAAAAGUUUUAAGAGCUAAAAUAAAUAUGAAAUCAGGAAAUAUGAAUUUAAGAGAUCCAAUAUUAUAUCGUAUUAUGUAUAAAAUACAUCCCAAAACAAAAAAUAAAUGGGUUAUAUAUCCAAUGUAUGAUUAUGCUCAUGGGCAAUCGGAUUCCAUUGAAAAAAUUACACAUUCCAUAUGUACAUUAGAAUUCGAAACACAUAGACCUUUAUAUGAAUGGUUUCAAGAAAAAUUACAUAUUUUUAAAACGAGACAAAUCGAAUUUGCUCGUCUAAAUGUAACAUAUAUGGUCAUGAGUAAAAGAAAAUUGUUAACCCUAGUUAAUGAGAAAUAUGUUAAGGAUUGGGAUGAUCCUCGUAUGCCGACCAUAUCAGGUAUGAGAAGAAGAGGUUAUAGUCCAGAUGCCAUUAAAGAUUUUUGUAAUAAAGUUGGUAUAGCCAAGAGAGAAAAUAUGAUUCCUAUUGAUCUACUUGAAUUCUGUGUACGUGAAGAUAUGGAUAAAAAAGCAAUCAGACUAUUUGCUAUACUCAAGCCAUUAAAAGUUAUUAUAACAAAUUAUAAUGACGCUCCUGAUUAUGAACAUAUCCACAAUCUAGUUGCUAGUAAUCAUCCAAAAAUGGAACAAAUGGGUUUUAGAAAUUUGAAAUUUGAAAAAGAAAUUUUUAUUGAUCACGACGAUUUUCAAGAAAUACCCCAAGAUAAUUUCUUUAGACUAGCUCCUAAUAGAACCGUUAGAUUAAGAUAUGCAUUCUGCAUUACUUGUAAUGAAGUUAUUAAGGAUGAUCAAGGUAAGGUCAUUGAGUUGAGAUGUACCUACGACCCGAGCAGUAAAAGUGGGCUCUGUACCAAUCAAAAGAAAGAUAAUGUCAAUAGACAAGGUGGUGAUGGGGAUAACAAACAAGGUGGUGGUGGGGAUAACAAAAAAGUGAAAGCUACCAUUCAUUGGUUAUGCGCAAAAAAUUCUCUUCAAGCAGAAUUCAGAAUGUAUGAUAAAUUAUUUACCAAACCAAACCCAGAAUCUAACGAAGACACUGAACUUGUUCAAAAAAUCACAUCAACGGCACAUCUUGAAAACAAUACAAACAAUCAAGGUAAUGGUAAAGAUGAAUAUGCUUCUGAUACUUUACUACAAGAUGAACAUUUAGAAGAUGAAUCCAAAAAUGCGGGAUGGAGAAAAUACAUAAAUACAAAUUCAUUAAUUAUACAUAAAGGACUAGUAGAAAAUUAUUCGACACGUUUUAAAAUUGGAGAUCCAAUACAAUUUGAAAGAGUCGGAUUUUUUACAAAAGAUAAAGACACAACAAAUGAAUUACCGGUUUUUAAUUUAACAGUACCCUUAGUUGAUAAUACCAUGUUAAAAAAAAAAAAAGAAGACCUACUACAAAAGGAAUUGGAUAAAUUGAAGAGAGAAAAAAUUGCUGCCGAGCGAAAAUUAAAGAAGGAGCAAAAAAAAAUAAGGGAGCAAAAGAAAAAAGAACAAAAUUGA